GCCAGUGAAAGUAGUGUUAUUGAGGUCACUUAUCCUAAUCCAACAUCAACUAAACCUGCGACUGUGAAAACUAUUAAAACUCUUAAACAAGAAGUAAGGCAAAGUGAUGUGAGAGCAAGUCGUAUCGAAAUUGUGAAAACA